GAUAACGAACCAAUCAAAUGCUGCUCCGUGACUUCCGUUUUACAAUUCAGGCCGAGUUACAGAAAACGGCACAAUCGAAGUGCUUAUUGUCAACGUAUGAGGUAGCGCUGUGAUCGGUCAUUCGAUAGAUCAUGUCUGGCCUGUUUGAUUUCCCGCGCAGCAGACAGGAUUUCUCGCGCUGCUUGUGAGAUUUUGGGACGAAUGCAAAAACCGGACUGUGACAGGUAAUAAAGGAUUUGUGAGUUGACGUUUGAAUUUAAGCUUCGUGCUGCAGCAAUGGGAAUUCAUGGACUUGCAAAGCUGAUUGCUGAUCAUGCACCUGGUGCCAUAAAGGAGCAGGACAUCAAGAACUAUUUUGGCAGGAAAAUUGCUAUAGAUGCGUCCAUGUGUAUCUACCAGUUCUUGAUCGCUGUUCGACAGGAUGGCAACGUUCUCCAGAAUGAGGACGGAGAGACAACAAGCCACCUAAUGGGAAUGUUCUACCGGACAAUCCGCAUGCUGGAGCACGGUAUCAAACCUGUGUACGUGUUUGAUGGAAAGCCCCCACAGCUGAAGUCAGCAGAGCUGGAGAAGAGAGGCGAGAGGAGAGCAGAAGCUGAGAAGAUGCUUGCUCAGGCCCAGGAAAUUGGAGAACAAGAGAACAUUGAUAAAUUCAGCAAGCGUUUGGUAAAGGUUACCAAGCAGCAUAACGAGGAGUGCAAGAAGCUGCUGACUCUGAUGGGAGUGCCUUACAUCGAGGCUCCCUGUGAAGCGGAGGCCAGCUGUGCUGCUCUUGUUAAAGCAGGGAAGGUUUUUGCCACAGCCACAGAAGAUAUGGACGGCCUGACCUUUGGGACAAACGUCCUGCUCAGACACCUCACUGCCAGCGAAGCAAAGAAACUGCCUAUUCAAGAAUUCCACUUCAGCCGCAUUCUGCAGGAGGUCGGCCUGACCAACGAACAAUUCAUAGACCUUUGUAUUCUGCUGGGCUGUGACUACUGCGGCACCAUCAGAGGGAUUGGACCCAAGAGAGCCAUCGACCUCAUCAGGCAACACGGCAGCAUUGAGAAGAUCCUAGAAAACAUCGACCAAAAUAAGCAUCCUGCUCCAGAGGACUGGCUGUACAAAGAAGCAAGAGACUUGUUUUUGAUACCUGAAGUUGUGGAUUGUUCUUCGGUAGAGCUGAAGUGGAGUGAGCCAGAUGAAGAUGGACUCAUCCAGUUCAUGUGCAAUGAGAAACAGUUCAGUGAGGACAGAAUCCGUAAUGGCUGCAAGAAGAUUAUGAAGAGUCGGCAGGGCAGCACUCAGGGUCGACUGGAUUCUUUCUUCACUGUGACUGGAUCGCUGUCAUCCAAACGGAAGGAACCCGAGACAAAAGGAUCAGCCAAGAAGAAACAGAAAACAGGAGCCACACCAGGCAAAUUUAAGAAGGGCAAAUAGACUGAACGUAAAUAUGUAUGACGUUGUGUGAGAUAAAUCUGCUCGAACAGCAUAAGCAGUAAAUUCACAUCUACGCUUGGAUUGUUUUAAUGGUGGCUGGAUGGAUUUUUUUGUGUCUUUUCUGUUAAGAAUUA